GUGUCACUUCCGGUUCGUCCUCAUCGAAAGAAAUGGCGGACAUGGACGAACUGUUCGGGAGUGAUGGGGACAGUGACAACGAACAAAGAGUGGUCUCAGCAGUGGCGUCUGGCUCUGGUUCAGGUUCUGAAUCUGAGCCGGAGAUGCCCCGGUCCCGUUCCCAUAGUAACGCCUCGGGCAGCGACAGCGGGAGAGAUGAUGAUGAUGGACAAGAUGGGGGAAAGCCCAACACCAAGGAGCUGUUUGGGGAUGACAGUGAAGAGGAACGCCAAAGCCGACACAGCGACAACCAAUCAAACCUGUCGGAACGCUCAGGAAACCAGUCGGAUGCCAGCAUGCACUCGGAGCCCGAGGACAAUGACCAGUCAGACGCGGAGCAGCACAGUGGGUCAGAGAGAGGGCACCGGGAGGAAGAGGAGGAAGAUGGAGAUCGAAGGUCAGAGGCAGGCAGUCCAGUAUCGGGGGUGGGGAGCCCCAGGUCUGGGAGGGGCAGUGCUCGCUCUGAGAAGAGUAUCCAUAGCGACCCCGGCACCCCCCACUCGGCUCCCGGCACCCCCCACUCAGCUCCCGGCACCCCCACUCGGCUCCCGGCACCCCCACUCGGCUCCCGGCACCCCCACUCUGCUCCCGGCACCCCCACUCUGCUCCCGGCACCCCCACUCUGCGCCCGGCACCCCCACUCUGCGCCCGGCACCCCCCACUCCGCGCCUGGCACCCCCCACUCCGCGCCCGGCACCCCCCACUCAGAUGGGGAGGGGUCAGGCAAGGAGAACCAAUCAGAUGAUGAAAAGUGGGGAGGAGGGGCUAAGAGUGACCAAUCAGAGGAUGAGGAAGAGGAGGAGAAGAAGCAGCACCAAUCGGACGAAGAGCGAGAGAAUUCUGAUGAGGACGGGGCGGGGCACAGGAGCAGGAAGAAGUCAGAGUCUGCGAAGGGCAGUGACAGCGAGGAUGACUUCGUCGGACGGAAGAACAAGAAGAUGGCGUCUGCCUCGGACUCUGACAGCGAUGUUGGAGCCAAGAAGAAGAUGGCGGCGUCUGGCUCAGAUUCUGACAGCGACGUUGGAGCCAAGAAGAAGAUGGCGGCGUCUGGCUCAGACUCUGACAGCGACGUUGGAGCCAAGAAGAAGAUGGCGGCGUCUGGCUCAGACUCUGACAGCGACGUUGGAGCCAAGAAGAAGAUGGCGGCGUCUGGCUCAGACUCUGACAGCGACGUUGGAGCCAAGAAGAAGGGUAAAGGUAAGAAGCCAGCAGCAGACGACCUGUUUGGAGAGGCAGACGACAUCUCAUCAGACAGUGAUGCUGAGAAACCUCCCACUCCAGGACAACCCCUGGACCAAGAGGAUGGUAUGGAAGGGGAGCAGGCUGAGGAGGAGCCCGUCCCAGAGACUCGUAUCGAGGUGGAGAUUCCUAAAGUCAGCACUGAUCUAGGAUCAGACCUCUACUUCGUCAAACUACCCAACUUCCUCUCCGUUGAGCCCAGACCCUUUGACUCCCAGUACUAUGAAGAUGAGUUUGAGGAUGAGGAGAUGUUGGAUGAAGAGGGACGGACCAGGCUCAAACUGAAGGUUGAGAAUACUAUCCGGUGGAGAGCCAAGAAAGACGAGGAGGGGAACGAGAGCAGAGAGAGUAACGUUGCAUUGAUCAAGUGGUCUGACGGCAGCAUGUCUCUCCACCUGGGUAACGAGGUGUUUGAUGUGUAUAAAGCUCCUCUCCAAGGAGACCACAACCACCUGUUCAUCAGACAAGGAACUGGACUACAGGGACAGGCUGUGUUCAAGACCAAACUCACCUUCAGACCCCACUCCACAGACAGCGCCACCCACAGGAAGAUGACCCUGUCUCUGGCUGACCGCUGCUCGAAGACCCAGAAGAUCAGAAUACUGCCCAUGGCUGGACGAGACCCCGAGUCUCAACGCAACGAGAUGAUCAAGAAAGAGGAGGAGCGUCUGCGUGCGUCUAUCCGUCGUGAGGGACAACAGCGGCGGAUGAGAGAGAAGCAGCACCAACGAGGGCUGAGCGCCGGUUACCUGGAGCCCGAUCGCUAUGAUGACGAUGAGGAGGGGGACGAGUCUGUCAGCCUGGCCGCCAUCAAGAGCAAAUACAAGGGAGGAGGAGGAGGAGGGGGGCUGAGGGAGGAGCGUGCUCGGAUCUACUCGUCUGACAGUGAUGAGGGUUCUGAUGAUGAUAAAGCCCAGAGACUGCUCAAGGCCAAGAAACUAGACUCUGACGAGGAAGGGGAGAGUUCAGGGAAGAGGAAGGCUGAGGAGGAUGAGGAGGAGGAGGUGGAACCCAAGAAGGCAAAGAAAUACGUCAUCAGCGACGAAGAGGAGGAGGAGGAAGAUGAUGAAUGAUGUCAUGUUGUUGAUCACACCACUGUAUUAUCAGUGUGUUGUUAUAUCCAGUGCGUUGCGAUGUAGACCUAAACGUUUCAUUUGUAGUUUGUAUAUUUUUUAAUGAUCACUGUGUGUGUGAGAGAGAGGGAGAGCUCUGUACAGCUGUAGGAAUAAAGACCAGAUGAACUAAGUGUUUAUCUCAAUGACCAAA